CCCCCUUCCCGGCUCCUCCUCUGUUGGACUUCUCGGUCGAUCGUCCCAAACUUUCCAGGCUUCCUGAAGCUUCGCUGUUUUAUGUGGCGAAAGCAUCGGCAGCGGGAACCGAUGGCGGAGGAGAGCGAGCUGUGAAAUGUGAACGAUGGUGCUGAUGACCGAGCAGGCGGACAGACCUCUGACCCCGUUAUCCGCACCGGAGCAACUUUCCGGCAGGGACUCCCGGGGGAGCCGCUCGACGCCAGAAGUGGACCAUGGAGGUGAGAAGAGACAGAGGAGGCGUGGACGUUCACCUGCAGACCUCCGGCUCUGUCUGGAUGCAGAGUCAGACACCUCAGAGAGCACGAAGAAACCAGCCGGCAGCAUGAGAUUCAAACCUGUGGAGCAGCUUUCACCAGUGCUCAAUCUAAGUGACUUUGAAACAAAGAUUGAAAGGAAGAAAUCACAGCCUACCCAGUUAUCAAAGACGAAUGCUCAGUAUCAUAAGUUAUUCAAAGAAGUCAGCAAAGAUGAAUUACUCAAACAAAGUUACACCUGUGCCCUGCAGAGAGAUAUUUUAUACCAGGGCAAAAUGUUUGUCUCUGAUAACUGGAUCUGCUUCCACUCCAAAGUCUUUGGCAGAGAUACCAAGAUUUCAAUCCCAGUAUUGUCGGUCACAUUCAUCAAAAAAACUAAAACUGCAUUGUUAGUGCCAAAUGCCCUUGUGAUUGAAAGUACUCAUGACCAGCAUGUGUUCGUGUCGUUCCUCUCUCGAAACACCACCUACAAACUUCUGAGAUCCAUCUGCCUUCAUUUGGAGGUGGAUAAGACUUGUAGCAGCCCCGUUACUUCCUCCUGUGAAAACAGCUUCAGAGUCAACUGCCCGUCCUCACUUCCUCUGGACUUUUCUGGAGACUUCUCUGACCUGGAUGGGGUGGUACAGCAGAGACGGCAGGACAUGAUGGAGAGCAGCAGCUCUGGCUCUCAGACUCCAGAUUAUGACAAAAUAACUGACUUCAGCGGCCUACCAGACACAUUUCUGAGUGCAGUGAAGAGCGGAGAGGUUUCAGUCCACGCAGACAUUCACCUUCAGACUCCGAGCCAAAAACAUGGAGCUGCUCUCAAGAACGGCUCAACCCAGCCAACCCAAGGAGUCACACUGAAAGGCAAAUCCUCACAAUCCAUGUCCUUACAUGUCAUCCUCCUCAUCUACCUGUUUCUAGUUAGCGUUCUUGUCUUGUCCUCCUGCUACAUGGCCUUCAAAAUUGUGGCUCUCGAGCAUCGUUUGAACUCCUUGGUUUCGAUGGGGGAACAAAUUCGUAAUGAAAAUAUCGGGAGCCAAAGGUCACAGGAUGAAGUUAAUGCUGAGAUAUAUGGGGAGCUGUCUACCAAUCUCUUCAAGCUAGAGAAGAUUCAAAGAAACCUCCGGAAGCUCCUUGAGGAGACUUAAAAGAAGACUCUUGUCUGUUUCUGUGUUUGGACAGAAGCUUUACUGUUUAUUAGAAAUAUUGUUUGAGCUCUGCAGAUUAGCAGAGAUCAGAUUAGUUGCCAAAGUAUCGACAGCUCAUACAGACAGCUUUUUUUCUUACUGUGUGAACUUAAACUGUGCAAUAUUAGCUUCCUUCACCUUUCCACUCAGGACUAUUCUAUCAUUCUUUUAAACAAAAAGCUGUGCUGUUAGACUGCCUGUGGUAGCAAAUAUGUCGUAUUUAUCUAAUUGCUUUUAUUCUGCAUUUCACAAUAGAGGUAUUUUAUUAAGGUGUCAGUUCCAAUGGUCCUAUUUCAGCGUUUCCAAACAUUUCUAAAAGGUCAGUUAAUGCUUUUCAGAUGUUUUCUUAGCACUAAAAUGUCAAUAAAUUUUAUUUAUAUGUAUGAAUAGCUCAUCUAUACGUGAAAAUUCAGAGUACUUUUGUAAAUGCUGUCAGGCUGCUUCAGCGCACAUGAGUAGAGUUUGUUUAGUGAAAAUAUGUUAAAAUCAUUAGCAAAUAGGAGCAAGUCAGAGGAGUUUAAAUGAUAGUUUUAUUCUAAAUAUGGACUUUCUACUAAAAGCAUUAACGUAAUUUGUUAAGUCUGUAGUCACUGAUAUGAUUAAAAUACUAACUUAAUUUUUUUUCUGUCAAGUGUUUAUUAGCAGACCAGUGAAUAAUUUCAGAAGCAGUAGAAGCUUUGAACUCUUUGGUUUACAUUUUGUUCACAGACUCUUACAGUGACUGUAUGACUGUCCAGAAAUAAAUGGCUCCUACAACA